AUGGUUAGCCCGCUCAAGGACGACAGGCGUGCCGGCGGGCCGGAGGAGGAUUUCAUACGAAGACACCACAAGCAUGACGUCGGAGAAAACCAGUGCAGCUCCUCUUUGGUGAAACACAUCAAGGCCCCUUUGCCUCUCGUUUGGUCGUUGGUGAGGAGAUUUGAUCAGCCGCAGAGAUACAAGCCGUUCGUGAGUAGGUGCAUAGUUCAGGGCGAUUUGCAGAUUGGGACUGUUCGGGAGGUGAAUGUGAAAUCCGGGCUUCCGGCGACGACCAGCAAGGAGAGAUUGGAGCUGUUGGAUGACGAGGAGCACAUUUUCAGCAUGCGGAUUGUCGGUGGUGAUCACCGCCUCAAGAACUACUCCUCGAACAUCACCGUCCAUCCCGAGAUCAUAGAUGGAAGGCCAGGGACACUGGUGAUCGAGUCCUUUGUGGUGGACGUGCCGGAAGGUAACACCAAGGACGAGACGUGUUACUUUGUGGAGGCUCUCAUCAAGUGCAACCUCAAGUCGCUGGCUCAUGUCUCCGAGCAUCUAGCCAUGCAGGACCGAACGGACCCGAUCGAUAGAUUCUAA